AUGGCAGCACGUAAAACCGCCGCUGAAGCCGACGUAAUGCAACAGACGAACCUGUUGCCGCGCAGACAACUCCUUAUUGUCCUUUCGACCCUGGCCAUAUCUCAUAUAGUUUGUUUCAUAGACCAGACCGGAAUCGGCGUGGCGCUUUCGACAAUCGGACGCGAGCUCGAUGCCGAAGACACAAUCAGCUGGGCUGGUACGAGCGCGCUGAUUGCGACCACAAUCUUCCACGUGCUUUAUGGGAGAAUGAGCGACCUGUUUGGUAUGAAGUCGGUUCUCCUAUCUGCCCUAGCACUCUUAGCAGUCUCGGACCUCCUCUGCGGCCUGUCUCGCAAUGCCGAUAUGCUCUACGUUUUCCGAGGUCUCUCCGGAGUGGCGAAUGGAGGAAUAGUUUCGCUCUCGGCGAUGAUUGUAUCCGACGUGGUUACGCUGAAAGAACGCGGGAAAUGGCAGGGCAUGAUUGGCGCUUGCGUGGGACUAGGCAAUAUGUCUGGCCCCUUCAUCGCCGGUACGUUUGUUCAGAAGAGUACCUGGAGAGGCUUCUUCUGGCUCCUGAGUCCCAUUGCAGCUGCCUGUGGCGGACUGUGUCUGCUUGUGUUGCCGACGCCGAAAGACCAGCCCAGGGCGGAUAUGAAGACUGUGCUGAAGAGGAUUGACUAUGGGGGUAUAUUCUUCGGGAGUGCAGCACUGAUACUCACACUUGUCCCGGUCGCAGGAGGUGGCGACUACUUUGAGUGGGACUCCCCAAUGGUCAUCUCCAUGCUGACUCUCGGGGCAUGCUGCCUCAUAGCGUUCAUCUACAUCGAACAUCGCGUUGCAGUACUGCCCAUGAUGCCUCUAUCUCUUUUCAAAUCCGGUCCCGUCUCCGUCAUGCUCCUGCAAAACUUCCUCUUCGGCAUCGUAGCCUACUCACAAACCUACUAUCUCCCCCUGUUUUUCCAAAACGCGCGACGCCUCUCCCCUCUCACCACCGCCGCCCUCAUGCUCCCCAUCACGGCCUCACAAACGCUCUCCUCCAUCGCCUCAGGCCAGUACAUUUCGCGGCGCGAGCGCUACGGCGAAGUCAUCUGGCUGGGCCUCUUCCUCUGGACCCUCGGCGUAGGCCUAACCUGCCUCUUCUCCCUCGACACACCGCUCUAUGCCAUGGCGCUGAUUCUCGGCGUCCAGGGCAUCGGCAUCGGCGCCGUCUUCCAACCCGUCCUCAUUGCACUCCAAGCACACUGCUCAAAAGCACACCGCGCAAUCGUCAUUUCCAACCGCAAUUUCAUACGCAGUCUUGGCGGCGCCGUUGGCCUGGCCAUCUCCGCCGCCGCACUCCAGAACUCGCUGCAUAGAGCUAUGCCCGUUGAGUUUCGCCCCCUGGCUCUCAGCUCGUAUGACGUGCCGCGGUUCGAGACACUGGACCAGCAUCAGGAGAGGCAGAUUUUGCAUGCGUAUGCGGUGGCGAGUCGCACCGUGUUUGUGAUGAAUGUGCCGUUUAUGGCGCUGUGUUUGGUGGGGUGCAUAUUUAUCAAGGAUAGGGGGUUGCAGCGGCCAGACGAGAACGCGGGCGCCUUGGAGUUGAGGCAGAGGCUGGAUUUAGAAGAGGAUACGGUUGUUGGAGAAGGGGAGAUGCACGGUGGCAAGUGA